AUGCCUUUAGAAGGAGUGAAGAACAUCGUCCUGGUCCUUUCCGGCAAAGGUGGUGUAGGCAAAUCCUCCGUCACCCUCCAACUAGCCCUUGCUCUCUCCCUUCAAGGCAAAUCCGUCGGAAUCCUCGACAUCGAUCUAACAGGCCCCUCAAUCCCGCGCCUCGUUGGCCUCGAAGACGCAAAGAUUACCCAAUCCCCAAAUGGCUGGCUACCCGUUCCAGUCCAUGAUGCAGCACCCCAAUCGGACUCAUCACCUGCGCGCGGCUCUCUCCGCUGCAUGUCUCUAGGCUUCCUCCUCCGCGACCGCGGCGACGCCGUCAUCUGGCGCGGACCUAAGAAGACAGCUAUGAUUCGACAGUUUCUGUCGGACGUCUCAUGGGGCGAAACAGACUACCUGCUCAUUGAUACACCGCCUGGUACUAGUGAUGAGCAUAUUGCGUUAGCCGAACAGCUUCUUACGCUCUCGACUGCGGAUGCCGCGACUGCGGCGCAGACAAAUGUGCCGAGGCUUUAUGGUGCAGUGCUUGUGACGACGCCGCAGGCGGUCGCGACGUCGGACGUGCGCAAGGAGGCGAACUUUUGUGUUAAGACGAGUAUUCCUGUGCUUGGGGUUAUUGAGAAUAUGUCUGGGUAUGCUUGUCCGUGUUGUGGGGAGGUGAGCAAUCUCUUCUCAAGUGGUGGGGGUGAGGUUAUGGCGCAGCAAUUGGGGAUUCUGUUUAUGGGAAAAGUGCCGGUGGAUGUUAAGUUUGGGGAAUUGGUCGAGGGUAAGAUGGAGGAUAGUGACGAGGAGGAUGAGGAGGAUAAGGAACAGAAGGAGCAGCCUGGAGCUCCUGAGGAGCCGGAUUUGAGACCUCUUGUAGAGAAGUAUAAGGAGGGUUGGUCGUAUCCUCGUUUCGAGGAGUUUGCAAAGACUUUACUUGGGGGUGUGGAGAGCACUGCUGGGGCGUCUUAA